CGACAUUAGCUAGCGCUCGCUCUUGCUCUCUUCAACGGGGAACCCGCGGACUCCAAGAGACUGGGACUCUUAUCUCUUGCCUCUUUCCCAACAGACUCGUUUGUUUUCAACUUUUCGCUCACGAACACACUCAACGGGAAAAGGAAAAAGAAAAAUAGCCGGGGAAAAAAUUUUAUGAGUCCUUUUUUUUUUUUUACAAAAAAAAAGUUAAUAUAAAAUUAUAGCCAAAAAGAAUUAAAAAAAAAAAGGAACCUGAACUUUUUUUUAUUAGUUCACACAGCUGGAACAAUCCGCAGCGGCGGCGGCGGGAGAGAGAGAGAGAGAGAGCGAGGACAAGGAGAAAAAGAUUUAAUUUUAGUUGAUUUUCUGUGGUUGUCGGUUCGUUCGCUCGUCGCACGGUGAUGGAAGCUGCACAUUUUUUCGAAGGCACCGAGAAGCUGCUGGAGGUCUGGUUCUCCAGGCAGCCCGCCGACGCGGCCAGCGCCAGCCAAGGCUCUGGGGAUCUGCGCACCAUCCCCAGAUCCGAGUGGGACAUACUUUUGAAGGAUGUGCAAUGUUCAAUCAUAAGUGUGACAAAAACUGACAAGCAGGAAGCUUAUGUACUCAGUGAGAGUAGCAUGUUUGUCUCCAAGAGACGUUUCAUUUUGAAGACAUGUGGUACCACCCUCUUGCUGAAAGCACUGGUUCCCCUGUUGAAACUUGCUAGGGAUUACAGUGGGUUUGACUCGAUUCAAAGCUUCUUUUAUUCUCGUAAGAAUUUCAUGAAGCCUUCUCACCAAGGGUACCCACACCGGAAUUUCCAGGAAGAAAUAGAGUUUCUUAAUGCAAUUUUCCCAAAUGGAGCAGCAUAUUGUAUGGGACGUAUGAAUUCUGACUGUUGGUACUUAUAUACUUUGGAUUUCCCAGAGAGUCGGGUAAUCAGUCAGCCAGAUCAAACCCUGGAAAUUCUGAUGAGUGAGCUUGACCCAGCAGUUAUGGACCAGUUCUACAUGAAAGAUGGUGUUACUGCAAAGGAUGUCACUCGUGAGAGUGGAAUUUGUGACCUGAUACCAGGUUCUGUCAUUGAUGCCACACUAUUCAAUCCUUGUGGGUAUUCGAUGAAUGGAAUGAAAUCGGAUGGAACUUACUGGACUAUUCACAUCACUCCAGAACCAGAAUUCUCUUAUGUUAGCUUUGAAACAAACUUAAGUCAGACCUCUUAUGAUGACCUGAUUAGGAAAGUGGUGGAAGUCUUCAAGCCAGGAAAAUUUGUGACCACCCUGUUUGUAAAUCAGAGUUCUAAAUGUCGCACAGUGCUUUCUUCGCCCCAGAAGAUUGAAGGUUUUAAACGUCUUGAUUGCCAGAGUGCUAUGUUUAAUGAUUACAAUUUUGUUUUUACCAGUUUCGCUAAAAAGCAGCAACAGCAGAGUUGAUUAAGAGAAAUGAAGAAAAAACGCAAAAAGAAAACGCACAUAGAAGGUGGUGGCUGCUUUUUAGAUGUUGAUACCAGGGGCCAUGCUUUCAAUUACCACCACCUUGUAGUUGCAGAAAGCCCUAGAUGUAAAGAUAGUGUAAUCAUUUUGAAUUGUAUGCAUUAUUAUAUCAAGGAGUUAGAUAUCUUGCAUGAAUGCUCUCUCCUAUGUUUAGGUAUUCUAUGCCACUCUUGCUGUGAAAUUGAAGUGCAUGUAGAAAA